AUGGGGUGUCUACAUCUUCCUCAUUUGCAGCAAAAUCAUUUUGACUGCUCUGAGCUUCAUGACAAGUUCUUGACUCACUUUUCACACCUUGAAGAUGAGAUUGGCCAUUUAUGCAAGUCUCAAAAAGCCAAGAUAAGCAUUGUGAAGGAUGUCAGUGGCAUUAUCAAACCGUCAAGGCUCACUCUUCUUCUUGGACCUCCAGGCUGUGGGAAAACCACCUUAUUAUUGGCUCUAGCAGGAAAACUAAACCAGUCUGUCAAGGUUGCGGGGGAAGUCUUUUACAACAUCUACAGGCUCGAUGAGUUUGUACCUCAGAAACCAUCAGCUUACAUAAGCCAAUAUGACCUGCACAAACCCGAGAUGACUGUGAGGGAAACGACAGAUUUUUCUGCACGCUGUCAAGGUGUUGGAAGUAGAGCAGAAAUUAUGAAGGAAGUUAGCAAAAGGGAGAAAGAAGCAGGAAUUGUCCCUGACAUAGACAUUGACACCUUCAUGAAGGCGACUUCAAUUGAGGGGCAAAAAAGAACUCUUCAGACAGAUUAUAUUCUGAAGGUAAAUUAUUUUCAAUCAGAGCAGGGUCAAUGUCGGUUGUAAAGCAAAUUAUUUU